AUGUCUCGCAAUCAGAUUACAAGAUAUGAAUUGACUCAUGAACGACCACAAGACUUGCAGAGUCCCGUUGCACAACGUAAUGAGGUGCACUUUCAAUUAUUUCGAAGAUCUACUGGGCAACAGAUUAAUAUUGGAUAUCUCAAUAGCCAAGUAGACAAUCGAAGGGACAACAGCAGUGAACAAAAUCCUUGA